GUAAUACCCCAAAAAUUUCAAGAACAUUAAAGUUGAGUUAGGGACUUAAUGCCGGACAUAAACCAGCCAUCACCGACGCCUCCACCUGAAAAAUUGAAAAUUCCCCAGAUCUGCUGUCUUCUUCCUCCCUUGCCGCCGGUUGCUGCUGGGUGUUGUGAACUUCGGUUUUCCUGUGGUCCCGUGGAAGCCUCCAAUUUUUCGCUAGCUCUUCCCCCCAUACCCGUCAGCUCCAGCCUUGCUUGCUGAGGAUUUCUGGUCCUUGAUCGUCCUGUGACCCUAGCACUUGGAUUAAGCCUUCUGUCCUGUGCAAUUAAGUUUUCUUUGUCCACCAUUUCAAGUAGUGAGACCCGAUGCAUGGGGAGCUCGGGGGAGUGACGAGUUAGACGGCUAAGCAUUUUUUGGACUUAGUUUUGUAGCUAGGCUGCUAGUCACCCAU